AUGACGGCUGUGACCAGAACACGCACACAAAGCCUCGCAUCGCCAUCUCAUCUCACCCUCCUGAGUGCUCACGGCCCCUCUACCUCUAUUUCAGCCAAGCCUCCGCCAACGGAGCUGUCAAACGUCAUCUUCGAGGCCAAGCAUCCCCUAUCACGCAUAGUCCGCCGCGGGUGCACCCGGACACAGUCUCAGCUGCGCAGAUCCGGGGUUGAUCUUCCGUGUCAGGUUCUUACUCCGUACAACCACCGCAUCGACGGCUCCUUGACCUUGCUCAGACUUGCGAGCACCGAGUCCAAGAUCAUGUCUGUAGACGAGCAUCAUCUACCGCCUCCGACAGAGGACGAGGAGUUCUGGCUGUUCGGCUACGGGUAUGGUCUCCUCCUCGCCCUCCACCGACAGACGUCAAAUUUAACUCUCCUCCCCCCCUUUUCCUCACAGGAGCCUCAUCUGGAAGCCUCCACCGCAUUUCGGGCCCACUGGGCCACCCUCGGCGACGCCCACCACGCGGCCCCGGCCCGCGUCUGGGGCUGCGCCUACCGCAUCGCGCGCCCCCGCGUCGCCGAGGUGAAAGCCUACCUCGACAUCCGCGAGAUCAACGGCUACACCAUCCACUACACGCCCUUCCACCCGGCCUCCGAUGACCGCCGCCGUGGUGGUGGUGGUGGUGGCGGUGGUGACGCGCCGACGACGACGAUCCGCACGCUCGUCUACAUCGGCACGCCCGACAACGCCCAGUUCACGGGCCCGCAGGACGUCGGCGCCCUCGCCGAGCACAUCUACCGCUCCGAGGGCCCCAGCGGGCUCAACAGGGACUACCUCUGGGGGCUCGAGAGGGCCCUCGACGAGCUGAGCCCCGAGAGCGGCGACGACCACGUCUCGGACCUCUCGGAGCGGGUGCGCGCCAUUGCGAAGCGCGCCGAGGCCCAGAAGCAGGGUGAUGGCAGUAGUGCUCCUCCCGCCGUCAUCGACGGCGAGGCUCACCCUCAUCAUCUUCACGAGUUUCACCGUGUCACUAGUGUAGAAGAGUCAGAGGAGACGGAAAAGGCAGACUAA